GUUGUGGUGAGAAGGCUGGCGGCGCGGAGGGACAAUUACCGGGAAUGGGGAGGUAUGCGGUUUGUGGUUGAUUAUCCGUUGGAGCGGCUCCAAGAAGCGAUCCUUCUGGAACAAGAAGGUAAUUUGGUGAGCAAUGCUUUCCAGUUGGAUCAAUCGGCCAUUAGCUGCUGGAUGAUUUCUGCAUGCAGCGCACAGUGUGAGAAGUACAAGAAGUUUAACUAACUUUAUUUUGCCAUGCCAUUACCUUUUGGAAUAAAAUUGAAAAGAACACGCAGGUAUACUGUCUCCAGUAAGAGCUGCUUGGUUGUACGGAUCCAACUGUUGGAUAAUGGAUUUCUGGAAUUCACACUUUCUGUUGAAAGCACAGGCCAAGAAUGUUUGGAAGCUGUUGCACAAAGAUUAGAGCUGAGAGAGGUCACUUACUUCAGUCUGUGGUAUUACAAUAAGCAGAAUCAAUCUCGAUGGGUGGAUCUGGAAAAGCCCAUGAAAAAGCAGUUAGAUAAAUAUGCCAUUGAACCUACUGUUUAUUUUGGUGUGGUAUUCUACGUACCAAGUAUUUCACAACUUCAGCAGGAACUUACAAGAUUCCAGUAUUAUUUACAAUUGAGGAAGGAUAUUUUGGAAGGCCGCAUACCUUGCACACUAGACCAAGGAAUUCAGCUUGCAGGUCUAGCUGCACAGGCCGAUUUUGGAGACUAUGAUCAGUAUGAAUCCCAAGACUUCCUGUACAAGUGUGAUCUUUUUCCAGUUAAUUGGAUUCAAGAUGAACGAAUGCUUCAAGAAGCAACACAGAAAGUUGCUUCAUUAUAUCGGAAAUUCAGGGGGCUUACUCCAUCUGAGACAGAGUUAUUGUUUCUUCAGGAGGUGGUGAAAAUGGAAGGUUAUGGUCAUGAAAACUAUGCAGCCAAGGAUAGCCAAGGGAAUGACCUCCUUAUAGGUGCGUGUUUGGAAGGCAUCUUUGUGAAGCACAAAAAUGGCAGGCCUCCCUCUGUCUUCAAAUGGAAUGACAUAGCUAACUUAUCUCACAACAAAUCCUUCUUUGCAUUAGAGCUGGCAAACAAAGAGGAGACCAUUCAAUUCCAGACUGAAGAUAUGGAAACAUCCAAAUAUGUAUGGCGAAUGUGUGUUGCACGACGCAAGUUUUAUAGUCUGAAUAAAAACUGCAACUUACAAGCUCAGACUGCUUCAGUAAGCCCAGCCCGAAGGAACAUGUUAUCAAGAAUAUCUUUGCCAAAGCCUCAUCAGUACAUGAUGCCAUUACCCCAGUUACAUUAUACUGGACAUUAUGUAGAACCCUAUAAAUCUUCUCAAGACAAUGUCUACAUGAAUAAUCAAAACAGCUUCUAUCGAUCGCAGACCAGUUUGGAUAGAGCUCCAUAUGAAUACAGUGGUCGAAUCCGAAAUGGCAGUAUCUAUAGUGCACACAGCACAAGCUCUUUAAAUAACCCGCAGCACUUUAUGCAAGCAUCUCCUAUGUCUUCAAAUCCUAGCAUGACUGGAAGUGAUGUGAUAAGAGGAGAUUACAUCCCAACUAACAGACACAGUGCAAUUAUUCCACCUUCCUAUAGGCCAACUCCAGAUUACGAGACUGUUAUGAGGCAGCUAAAUCGUGGAAUGAUUCAAAAUGAAAGGCAAAGCCAUUCAAUGAGAAAUCUCAACAUAGGCAAUUCUUAUGCCUACAGUAGACCAGAUCCGCUUGUUUAUAGCCAACCAGAAAUCAGAGAACAUGCUCAGUUCAAUUCACAAAAUAUGUAUCAGUAUCCUUUUCAUUUGAACUAUAGUUUCCAUAGUCCAUCUCCAUAUAUAACUUCAACUGAGCGACGCCCAGUUGUUGGGGCUGUUAGUGUGCCAGAAUUGACCAAUGUUCAAUUACAUGCUCAGGACUACAAUGCUGCAAACAUGCUGAAAACUCAAGUGUACAGGCCUCCUCCACCCUACCCUUAUCCAAGACCUGCAAAUAGUACACCUGACCUUUCCCGCCACCUGUAUGUUAGUAGCAGCAAUCCAGAUCUGAUUACGAGGCGUGUGCAUCACUCUGUACAGACUUUUCAGGAAGAUAGUUUGCCUGUUGCACAUUCACUACAGGAAGUCAGUGAGCCCUUAAUUUCUGCCAGAUUACAUACAAAUAUUCAUAAACGUAACAGUAUUGAGAUUGCUGGACUUAUGCACAAUUUUGAGAGUUGGAAACUAAAAGAAAGGACUGUGUCCACACCAAACAAUGAAACAAACUCAGAAAAAAUAACCUCUGCAAAUUCACAACCAAAUGUUUAUUUUGAGCAAACAAAACCCAGAGAGACUGAAGUUCACGAGGACAAAAGUUACCAUCAUGGGCGAUCUUUCUCAGAUGCAACUAUGCUGAUUCACAGUAGUGAAGAGGAUGAGGAAUAUGAUGCAAGGUGCAUUGAGCAUACGUCUCAGAUACUACCUCUUGACUCCCCAUCUCAAACGUCAGCCAAGUUAAAUCAAUUGAUUAAUGAACCAUUGGCAGAUUAUCUGUAUAGUUCUGCACCUACUCUUGGAAGACAGCAUAGUUCAGAAAAGCGAGCACAAGAACGGGAGGUAACAGAAACAACACGGUUUCUGCCAUUUGUGUCUGAGUCUGAUCUCAAUACAGUUGGAAAGAUCCAGAUAAGAAGAGAGUCUUCAAAGAAGAGACCAAUGUCUGAAGUGCUUUCUAGUAAAUUAUAUGCUAUGGAAGCUCUCCCACCACUUGGGGAUAUAAGAAAAGGAACUCGUAUAUCAGAUAUUAGGAAAAUUGGACCACUGAAACUGGCAGAAUUAAAUGGAUUGACACCAUUUCAAAAGCCUUUACCUGAAGUUAUUAAAGAUGAGCCUAUCAAGACAUCACAUGAUGAUAGAUGCAAAAUUUUGGAGCAGCGUCUAGAACAAAAAAUGGUGUUUACAGAAUAUGAAAAAGUUCCAAAGAAACACCCAACAGCAGAAUGUACCAUAGCAUUACUACCUGAAAAUGCAGAAAGAAAUCGAUUUGCUGAUGUUAUUCCCUAUGAUGAUAAUAGAGUGGAGUUAGUGCCUACAAAAGAGAACAAUACUGGUUACAUAAAUGCAUCGCAUAUUAAGAUAAUAGUGGAAGGCAAGGAAUGGAGUUACAUUGCCACGCAAGGACCACUCCAGACCACUUGCCUUGAUUUUUGGCAAAUGGUGUGGGAGCAAGGGGUUGCCAUCAUUGCCAUGGUUACAAUAGAAGAGGAGGGAGGGAGAGAGAAAAGUUUUCGGUAUUGGCCUCGAUUAGGCUCCAGGAAUAACUCUGUCACGUAUGGAAGAUUCAAAAUUACUACAAGAUUUCGAACAGACUCUGGUUGUUAUGCAACUACCGGGUUAAAAAUUAAACAUCUGUUGAAUGGGCAAGAAAGAACAGUGUGGCACUUGCAGUAUACAGAUUGGCCAGAAAAUGGCUGUCCAGAAGAUAUCAAAGGAUUCCGAUCAUAUUUGGAUGAAAUUGAGUCAGUGCGUCGUCAUACCAAUAGUACAGCAGACAGUAAAAAUCCGGACAUGCCUUUACUUAUACACUGCAGCGCUGGUGUAGGAAGGACUGGUGUUGUGAUUUUAUCAGAAAUUAUGAUUGGCUGCCUGGAGCACAAUGCAACUCUGGAUAUUACUACCAUGCUGAAUCUGCUCAGACAGCAACGGAUGUUAAUGGUGCAAACAAUUACACAAUAUAUCUUUGUCUACAAAGUGCUCAUUCACUUUCUGAGAAGUUCUAGGCUGAUUUAAGCUUGUAUUCAUAAUGCUGUGAUUUUGUAAGUGAAACAACUGAUUGCAGAAUUGUUUUAAAUGAAGGAAGCGUUUUUCUACCCCUUGAGUUGAGGAGGAGAAAGUCAAUUUGCAUUAAAAAAAAAGUGCGAUGUACUCAAAUGGAGCACCAAAUUUAAAGGUGAAGUUAAAUAUUUUACCUCUGAUAUUUUUAAUUAUUUUAAAAUAGGCAUUGUGCUUCAUUUUAAUGAAGAAUAUAGUUCAAUACAGCAUAAGUGAAACCUAUCUUAGUGCAGUUUUUCACUUAACUUUAAUUUGCACCCAAAUUUAAGUAACUUUUAACCAUUUCCUCCAGCUGAACAUUAUAAACAAUAAUAUCUGGCAUAAACAUCAUGAAACUCUGUAUUUGGUGCAUGAUCAGUUUUAAGCUAUAGUAUGGAAGUAUUUUACCUUUGAUAGAGAUGUGAUGACUGCUAUAUUUCAAUAGUAGGAGAAAAUGAAAAUAUGCAAGCAGAACGAGUGAAUGUGAGGUUGAACUGGUGCAAGUGGAAGUAUUUUGUUAGAAUUAAUUUUCUAGUGUGUAAAUAGGUGAAAAAUCCUUUUUUAGGCUUAUAAUGUAUCAUGGUUUACAGAAGUAAUGAAAAUACAUGUAAUGAUAUGAAAUAAACCAAUCCUGUUUGUUUUUCAAUAGACCUGUUCAGUUAGGCAUGACUAUCAACUUUGUAAAAACUAUAUGUAUAGUUUAAUUACACUCAAUUACAAUUAUUGAAACUUAAAUGUUAUAUGAUUACUCAAAAUAAUGUAAGUUUAUUCAGUUCAUUUAUCUACUUUUAGCUGUUAGACCUAUUGUUAUUUUUGAAUUACUUUUAGCUUAGGUUUAAGUGAGUAUUUUAGCACUGAUAACUAUUUGAUGUAAGUGAGAGAGUCUGCACACAACUGGCUUUUGUGUGACCUUCACUGUAACAUACUUUAGUGUAAUAUAAUUUUGCAGUAAAGCACUUCAAACAUAAUCUAUGAAUUGGAAAACUGCUGCUAAGUGACUUGAGUUUACAAAGUUUAAAAGAGAAGGAUUUCAGCUCAGUGUCCAUAAUGUUUCUUUUAAAGCUUCCUUACUGGCCUAAUUUUAUUGACUUCCACUUGAUUCAGUAAUUAGAAAAAAAUGAGUUUAUGACAAAUGGUAGUUUGUUUCCUUUACAGGGUAGUAUAUUCAAUCAUGGGAGUAUGAAGGACAAUCUGUGAAACAUUUUUGUGUAUAUAUAAAUUAUGUAGAUCACAUCAUAUUCAUAAAUGAAAUGUACAGGGUUUUACUUUGUGAAGAUUAUCUGAGUGCAUGGUUUUGUACAUUGAAGUCAACAUAUGCUGUAUUCUUUCUUGGUGUUCUCUUUACAUCAAAUGGAAUAUGACCUGUACAUUAAUUAUGGGUUUACAAAUGUGGCUUAUAAUGUUUUGUAACUUGGAAUUCUGUCACUUUGAGUAAUGCUAGAAGAAUUUGAUAUUGUAGAGCAUCCUGUUGUAACCCAUCCAUCUGUUACAUAUUAUGUGAAAGACAUCUCUGUAGAGAUGAUGAAAUAUUUUUGAUUGCUUCCUGAAAAAUAAGUAACCAUGUUUUGUAACUGCUGAUUUAAAUACAAAUACCAUUGUGUUGCGUAAAUAAAUCUUUGCAUAAUUUGGCUGAAGCAUCUUUUCAGUAUGUGACAUUUUAUGGGGUUUUUUUUUCAGAUAUAAGCAAAACUUUAGUUUUAACAUUUUCCUGUUUGCAUUUACCUUGACUAAAUUUGCGUGUGCCAGUAUAUAUGUAAAGCCACUUCGUAAAAUGCUUUUUUUAUGACACUUACAGAAACAUUCAUCAGCUUGAAUAAAUGAUAUAAUCAUUCCAGAACUUGGAAGCUUGAUUGUAUCAAUUUUGAAAAGCGCACUCAAAAUACACUGCAGCAUCUUAGAAUUGUGAGGUUUAGCCUCUUGAGCCUGCUCCGUGAUUCAACAAGACCAUGGCUGAUCCGACAUUCCUUAUGUCCAGCCCUUGCCCCGUAACCCUUGAUUUCCCUUACUUAUUAAGAAGGUGGAGGCCGUUCAACCCAUCACGUCAGCACCAGCUCUUCAAAUGAGCUUUUUGCUUAAGUGCCAUUUUCUUUCCUUUUCCCCACAACCCUGCACAGUUUCUAUUCAAAUAAUCUUCUAAUGCCUUCUUAAAUGCCUGCCUCUACCAUACUUCCAGGGAGUGCAUUCCAAGGCCUAAUUACUUACCCUGGAAAAUAAAUUGUUUCUUUUGCAAUUUACUUGCCCCUCACAUUCUUGAUUCUUUUGCAAGUUACAAAUUACAGGAUGAUUUGAAAAUUUAGUGUAUUUUAAAGAUUUAUUAUGCAUGUGAUCUUGUAUAAACAAGCUAUGAAUGUUUUAAUUUUUUAGGAAAAUUGCUUUAGGAAAUGUUAAGAAGGAAAUGUUUUAUUCAGGAUGCUUACACUUAAAACAAAAGCCAUUUAGUCUACAAAAAAAGUAGGAUUUGAUUGUUACACAUUUUACAUUGACACACCAGCAGAGGGCAAAUUUUAUUGCAAUUUGACGAUAAAGUUGUUUGCUGAGAACUGUCACUUGCUAACUCUAUUUUCCUCACCGAAUAGUGAGGCUAUGGAAGUUCAAAACUUGAGCAUAUCAUAUCUGGCCAGGUGAACAGUAUUUAAAAUAUUUCAAACAUACAAUUACCUACAGAUUACUAUUUAUAACAAAUUUCAUUAUUUGUUUUAAACAAUUAAUUAUACAUUUGCACCUAGUGAAAGCUUUGAUUUGGUGGAGAAACUAAUAGUGUGUAAAAUUGCUUCCAAAUUACUUUCACAAAAUAGUAGUAAUUUGUUUUCACUUUUUUUCUGGUUUUUCUACCUAUUCAUUUUUUUGCUUGCAUGCUGUUCAUUUGUUUUUUGUUACCAGCCCCAUACCAUUAAAUUCAAUUGAUUUAGUCUUGCAUUUUCAGUUAUAAUUGAUAAUAUAACAAAUGAGCCAAUUAGUUGUAAUAAAUUAAUUUAAGAAGAACCAAAAUCCUGGAUGCCUGACGUAGGGAUAAGCACAUUUUAGAUUUAAAAACCUUGCAUUAGAUAUCUAUCCCAAAGUCUUUACCCUAAACAAUGUUUAUGUUAAUCUUUUAACGUUGAAGAUAACUAUCUAAAUAUUUACACAUUUGUCACAAUGUAUUACUAUUUCCUUCAGUACCUGAAAUUCCUAAUGUUCAAAAAUAGUAUAUUUCACAACACUGAUAAAAUUACUCUCAAAAUUCUCUACUGUUCAAUGCCUAUCUUUUAAUACAUUCAUUAAGGUUUUUACUUUUACUUUAGCAUCUCUCCGGUUUAGUCAUUCAGGCUUUGUUGGUGAUGGCUUUUAAACACAUCUGAGUAUGUACACAGUUUGCAGAAUUUCUCACCAUGUUGUCUAUGCAUCAGAGCAUUGAAUAAUAGAGGGGUAGGUCACUUCAUUUUGUAAGGCUUUAAAAGUUUCUUGGCUUUGUCCAAUAAAAAAAAGUCAUAGGAAGGAACUAUGCUCACAUUUUAUUUUGUUUAGAAGUGCUGUUUUCUGUAAUAAACCAUUUAACCUCCCAUGAGGGGUGGGAGAGAAAUAGCAUUUGUUUGAGGCUUCUUUGUCACUUAAAAUUGGAUGAUUUAUGUCACUUGUUCACUAAGUUGCAAGUUAAUUUUUAUGCACUUCUGAAGUACCCUAGGAUCACCACCUCUAUAAAAGCUUCAAAUUCCUAGAUGCUGUAAGUUCUAUUUUUGCUGAUAACAUAGGACAAAAUUCUAGUGCUUACAAAUUGUGAGCUACAAAUUGUGAGCUCACCUCUUUUUUCCCCCCCCCCCCCUGCCAAAAACCCAUAUCCUCCACAGUGGCAAGAUCCUAGAAUCUUGUGCUCAAGUAACCCUACUAUCUAGGAUAUGUUCUUGACGUUCUUUGGAACAUUCUUCAAAAUAGUACUGCACCCCCUGUGAUGUACAAACUAAAGUAGUCAAAUUCUGUACUUGUCUAUAUACAAGGGCUCCCCUUAAAGCUGUGAAUGCUGAGCUAUGAAUACGCUUCCUCUCCCCUCCCCUGUCAAAAAAGAGGUUGACUUGUAAAUUAUGAAUAGUAAAUCUGACACGCACCUUUUUAUUUAUACAUUAACCUUACUGUAUUCCACUUUACAGGUUGAGAUUAAUGCUUUUUUAUUAAUAAUGGAAAUUCCUUUGAAAACACGUCAACAUUUGUACGUGAUUUGUUGAUAAGCCAAUCAAAUCACAUUGACUUGUUUUUUUGAAAAAUGUCAUUUUU